UGACCCAUGAGAUAACUGGAAUGAAACCCAUCAUAGAGAAGUUUUUGAAGAGAGGAAAAAAUCAAAUAGAGAGAGAGAAGAACAGUGUGACAGAGGACAUGGAGAUUUCUCCUGCCAUGUACUCUCUGCUUGAACAAGAUGGCAUGAAAACUGUUUCUCAACAUCUGCGCAUUGACUACAACAAAAAGAUGAACAGACUUAUUUUAUCAGGUCUUCAUACAGAAACUCUUGCCUUCAAAAAUUGGGUCCUUGAGAAGAAAAUAAAUAUGAAACAGAAGUCCUUACAGAUUAACUAUUCAGUCCUAGAAUUUCUAAGAUCAGUGGAUUGUGAUGAAAUGUCCAGAGAUCUCUUCAUAUCUCAUGGAAUAACUGCUGUCUACACAAUUGAAAAUAGAGGUGUCAUUGUGAUUGGAAGCACAGAAAGAGCACUUAAAGAGGCAGAGAAGAGGAUAAAUACAGUUCUUACAACCAAAGUCCUUGUUGUAGAAGAUCAGGGUGUCCUUCAAAUGCCGGAGUGGCUGAAUCUCAAGAAACAACUGGAGAAUUUGUUCAGUACUGUCAAAAAGAUAUCUGUGUUGAUAAACCUUUCCAGAAAGAGAGACAAAGUAAUAGUGACUGGAUACAGAAAACCUGUAAUGGAGGUCAGUGAGUACUUAGGACGUUUAAUUGAGAAACACACUAGAAUCGUAGAAAAAGUUCAUGUCAAAUCACAUGCUGUGGUUGAUUUAAUUAAAGUCAGAAAAUCACAAGACUGGCAGCAUUUCAUUAAGUCUAAAGAGGUGAAAGUAAGUUUUGAUUCAGUGAGACCCUUGAUCGAACUGUCUGGAGAGCGUGCAUUUGUCCAACAAGCUAGGACCUUCUUUGAAAGGAUGGCAGGUGGUCUCUACACGGACACACUGAUCUUACAAAAGUCAGGAGCAAAGAAGUAUUUCAAAGAUCAGGGUAAAAUGAUGCUCCCAAUUCUGUUAAAGGAAAAACGAUUUGUGGUGGUUCUUCAGGAAGAUGACAUGCUGGAAGAGGAGGGUGAUUUAUUUCAAGCAGAAGAAUGGAAUCAACGUAUGAUCAGAAGAUUUGGUAAGAAGGUAGAGAAUGAUAAACGUGUACUUACUGAAUUAAAGGUAAUUUAAAUAAUAAUAAAAGUAUGUUCAUUCCAUUUUUUGUCUUUUUUCUUUUU